CCUUCCGAACCAGAAGGGCGAAAACAAAAAUCUCAUCUCCAUUUCAAGUAUCUAUAACCCUCCUGCUACUGCUAUGUUCUCCUCCCUCGUCUAGUAAAUCCAUAAACCCUGAAAAACCCUCAAAAACCUCCAUAGAAAUGGCGACGCUGUCGAGACUGGAUGUAGCUACAAGUUUCUUCACCUUCUCUUCUCGCUGCACCACGAUUUUCCCUCUCUUAUCCACACCUAAAGCCCGUCACAGGACCCUGUCUUUUUUCUCCCAAACGCCGCCGUUCUUUCACUCCGGAGCAUUCUCCAUUAAGUCAACUAAGCGCAGCCAACGCAGCCGCUUCUUUUCAGUCUCCGCCACCGCUGCCACGACGCCGCAGAGUGAGGAGUCCAAUGUUUCCACUAAGAUUCCAUCUGAUAACCGGAUUCCCGCCACCAUAAUUACUGGGUUUCUAGGUUCUGGCAAGACGACGUUGCUCAACCAUAUUCUGACAGAAAAUCAUGGGAAGCGGAUAGCUGUGAUUGAGAAUGAGUAUGGUGAAGUAGACAUUGAUGGCUCUCUAGUUGCUGCCAAAGCUGCUGGAGCUGAGGACAUAAUUAUGCUUAACAAUGGCUGUCUAUGCUGUACAGUUAGAGGUGAUCUUGUGAGGAUGAUCUCAGAAUUGGUCAGAACGAGGAAGGGGAAAUUUGACCAUAUUGUAAUAGAGACUACAGGAUUGGCAAAUCCCGCCCCAAUCAUUCAGACAUUUUAUGCAGAAGAAGAAAUUUUCAGUGAUGUCAAGUUGGACGGUGUUGUAACUUUAGUUGACGCAAAACAUGCUGGUUUUCACCUCGAUGAAGUUAAACCGAAAGGAGUAGUCAAUGAGGCAGUGGAACAAAUUGCUUAUGCAGACCGCAUUAUAUUGAAUAAGAUUGAUCUUGUUGGUGAGCCUGAAAUUGCUUCUUUGGUGCAGCGGAUAAGGAACAUUAAUCGUAUGGCUUAUAUGAAGCGGACAGAGUUUGGGAAAGUUGACUUGGAUUAUGUUCUUGGAAUUGGAGGCUUUGAUUUAGAGAGAAUUGAGAGUGCUGUCAACGCCGAAGGUGCUAAAGAAGCUCACAAGAGCCACGGUCAUGAUCACCACCAUCAUCAUCAUGAUGAGCAUGAUCACAAGCAUGAACAUCAUGAUGAUCAUCAUCAUUCUCAUGAUCACACUCAUGAUCCUGGUGUUUCUUCUGUCAGCAUAGUUUGUGAAGGGAGCUUAGAUCUUGAGAAGGCAAACAUAUGGCUUGGUACUUUAUUGUUGGAACGUAGCGAGGAUAUAUAUAGAAUGAAGGGUCUUCUCUCAGUUCAGGGCAUGGAUGAGAGAUUUGUCUUCCAGGGAGUUCAUGACAUAUUCCAAGGAUCACCUGAUCGGUUAUGGGGUCCAGGCGAGCCGAGAGUAAACAAGAUUGUUUUCAUUGGAAAGAACCUGGAUCAAGAGGAAUUAGAUAAGGGUUUUAAAGCCUGCUUACUGUGAUAAAUAUCAGAAAGAUUUACACUGACUCCAUUCUAUAUCUAUAACCUGAAAAUUGGUUCAUUGUAAUUGGCAGUAUGCAGCUUUUAUGGUGAAUCAUGUUGUAGUUCACGUUUAAUACCUUGAAAUUUUCGAGUCUAAAGAGAAAUCAGUGUUUUACUUAAACUGUUCAAGCGACCCAAAUUGGUUGUAAACACAUGCCAUGUUAUAAGUAGAGGUUUUUGUCAUCAACUGGAAUGUGAAUGAGAUACGUUUUUCAUUUGGUUGUAUUACAUAAUUAAUGAAUAUAUAAAUUUUGAGUAGAGAAAAAAAAGGAAACUUGGUUAGAUGACUAAUGAUUUUAGUGAUUCUGCAGUUUCUCAUUGAUGCUUUCUCUUUUCUGUUUAUUGGUUCCAAUCCUGGAAGUAUCAAAACGUUCUUUGAAUUCAACUGCAGCAGAAUGUAGGUUUCUGUUAGCUGACUUAACUGGAGAAAAGGAGUAUGUUGCUGAGAGCAGUGAUGAUUCUGAACCUGGGGAUGCUAAAAAUGGAGAAUAUCAAGAUUGUAGUGGGGAUGCUAAAAAUGGAGAAUAUCAAGAUUGUAGCGAUUUAAAUGAUGACGCAUAUGAUAAACAGUGAGUCUGGA